AUGCCGUUGACCGAUUCGCCGCCCCCGCAUCCCCGUGUUGGAGAGCGUUCGCGCGAGGAAGGCCGAGAGAUGAAGCUCCUGCACUUUGUCUACGGCCAGCCAAACCUCGACGAGAUCAGAGGCCACCCACAAAAGGUGCUGGACCUCAUGGACGAAUUCGAACAAGACUACCACAUGAUGACAGUCGGCGGGCCCAAAGGCAAAAUCGUGACCGAUCUAAUCGACGAACUCAAGCCCAAGACCAUGAUCGAACUCGGCUGCUACGUGGGCUACUCAGCCAUCCUCUUCGGCGAAGCAGUACGCCGCAACGGCGGCGAGCGCUAUCUCAGCCUCGAGCUGAACCCCGAAUGGGCCGCCAUCGCCAACAUGCUAAUCGAACUAGCCGGUCUACGCGACUUUGUACGGGUGAUCGUUGGUCGCAGCGAUAUUUCAUUGGACAAGUUGUAUCGCAGCGGCGACGUGACUAAGAUCGAGCUCUUGUUUAUUGACCAUUAUAAGCCGGCGUAUACCACGGAUCUGAAGCUGUGCGAGCACCAUGGUAUGAUCGUUCCUGGCUCGGUGCUUGCGGCGGAUAAUGUGAUUCAUCCGGGUAACCCGCCGUACUUGGAGUACGUUCGGAGCAGUGUUGGGCAGAAGCGGGCGGCUGCGAAGGAAGGGCCUACUAAGGGGUAUAACGUGGAGGGGAUGCGCGAGCGCACUGUUAACUCGUUCAUGCCCGAGGGUGAUACGCCCGUCUUUGAGGUUGUUGGCAAUCCUAAUCUCGUGUACCAGAGUGUGUUGCGGCAACCUGAGGGAGAACGGGAUGCCAUUGAGGUGACACGCUGCGUGGGGGUGGAAGAGGCAUAG